GUCUCUGGAGUGCUGAUCGCGUUGGAGACGCACAUUCAUCGUUUCUCCCAGAACUGCGACAUCACAGAUCCAUCAUGUCUGACGAAGGGAAGCUGUUCAUCGGCGGGCUGAGCUUCGACACCACCGAGCAGUCGCUAGAGGACGCCUUCUCCAAAUAUGGUGUGAUCACCAACGUUCAUGUUGCCCGAAACCGAGAAACCAACAGAUCCAGAGGAUUCGGUUUCGUGACCUUUGAGAAUCCAGAUGAUGCGAAGGAUGCACUGGAGGGGAUGAACGGAAAGUCUGUGGAUGGCCGGACGAUCCGUGUGGAUGAGGCAGGUAAAGGUGGAGGUGGCGGCGGUGGCCGAUCAGGUGGAGGAGGAUCAUACAGAGGUGGCGGAGGAGGAAGAGGAGGUGGAGGAGGAUUCUUCAGAGGAGGCAGAGGACGAGGAGGUGGAGGUGGAGGAUAUGGAGGAGGAGAUCGCAGUUAUGGAGACAGAAGCUACGGUGGUGGUGGAGGAGGAUACAAGAGUGGAGGAGGUGGAUAUUCCUCUGGAGGAGGCGGAGGGUACAACAGAGACAGAGGUUCUGGUUACGGUGAUCGAAGCAGCUCGUACAAAGAUGGCUAUGAUAGCUAUGCUGUACAAGAUUAAAACCCAAGACCUGACGCGUCACUGGCCGAGCGUUUCUAAAGACUCAUGGAUCUGUUCUUGGAUUUGUUGUUUCUGUUCUGUUCUUGUACUUUUGAGGGGGAAAAAGGCUGUUUUGUAUUUUUAUUUCUCUCGGCCGUGAAUGAAUGAAUGUUCCUCUUCUGCACCACGAGCCUCAUUUUCUGAAUCCUUUAGCGUUGCGUUUGUUGGGGUCACCGUCCGCGGUGCGACUGCUUUUAUGGGGAUCAAAGAGUGUUACUGUACCUGCGCUGUCAUUUAUAAGAGAACGGCUCCUUCUGUUAGCUGUGUUUAAAAAAAAAAAAAAGCAACAAAUUUGUCCAUGUUCAAUAUCCAAAAAGUGAAUUCCUUUCAGACUGGUGAGCGCUGGAGCGUCCGGCAUCAGUGCGGCUGUUCUUGCGGAGGUAUAUCGAUAUCUCUGUCUCUGCUCCAUGCCUGUUUUAAUGAUGGACUAAACCUAUUCUCACACGCGUUAUAUAUCGAUCAUUUACUUGAAAGAGAAGCAGAAAUUGUGAACCGUAAACUCCAGAACUGAGAUAUCCUUGUGCUCUUGUUUUUCUUUGUAUUGAAAUUUGACACUUUGUUUUUAUUCUCAUUUUUAUUUUUGCUUUUUUCCAAUUGUGGCUUCAUGGAGCCUAUUAAACGAAAACGUUUGUUCAAA